GCGCGCCACUGGGAGAGCGGAGCGUCUUUCACAAGUACGCCCUUUCCACUUUGGCUUUGUUGUCGGCGCAGCGAAUCAUGAUAAAUAGCAGCUGGUCGAAGGGUGCCCUCAUUCGAGUGACAAUGCCGCCCGCACCGUCAGGAAAGGCUGUGAAAAAGGCCGGUAAGGCCCAGAAGAAUGUUCGCGCUACGGACAAAAAGAAGAAGAAGCGCAGGAGGAAGGAGUCCUUUUCCAUCUACAUCUACAAGGUCCUUAAACAGGUCCACCCUGACACCGGUAUCUCCUCGAAGGCUAUGUCCAUCAUGAACUCGUUUGUGAACGACAUAUUUGAGAGGAUCGCCGCCGAGGCCUCCCGUCUGUCCCAUUAUAAUAAGAGGUCGACUAUCACCUCUCGGGAGGUUCAGACCGCCGUUAGGCUCCUGCUUCCUGGUGAACUGGCUAAGCACGCCGUGUCUGAAGGCACCAAGGCCGUCACUAAGUACACUUCUUCCAAGUAAAUCGUCGGUUCUUCGGCACAAAAAACGGCCCUUUUCAGGGCCACCAGGUUUUACGAGUUCAACCACUUUACAACCUCUUCAUAUUCUUCGUGUUUCGAGAU